AUGAGCGGCCACUCUCACAAGCCGCACCUCAAGCAGUCGAACAAGGCGUUCAAGUCGAAGCACGCGUCCAAGUCGACCCUGCGCGACCAGGCCAAAGGUCGCACGCAUCGACCCAACACCAAGGAUCCGGCGAGCAAGGCGGCCAAAGCCGCGAGUCAGAAGGUCCAGGCGAAGAACCUCAAGGUCAACCGGAGGAACCAUGCCAAGCAGGUCGUCAAGAAGAAGCGCGACUUGCUCGAGGAACAGAAGGGGAUCUUUCAGGGCAGGAACAGGAACGGCGAACGCGUGCAGAGGGUUGUCGCGGUUGUGCCGAUGACGGAGGAUGUUGGCGCUCUCGAGACGGCUGAGAUGCUCGCGCAGGCGGUCGGCGGGGAGUUGACGGGCACAGAGGGCUUCAGGUCUCUCGACGUCCCAAAAUUCCACAACCAGUCCCUCCGUUUCCUCCUCCUCCCGCCCGCCUCCCGCCCCGACGCACUCUUCCCCAUCCUCGACGCAGCAGCCGCCGCAGAUUUUGUCAUCGUCACGCUUUCGAGCGAGCAGGAGGUCGACGCGCAGGGCGAGACGGCGUUGCGGUGUUUGACGGGUCUGGGUGUCGGAGGCGCGAAUGGGGGAGUUGUCGGCGUCGUCAAGGACCUGCCCGGCGGAAACCCCACCCUCGCCUCCUCGACUCGUCUCUCCCUUCAAUCCUUCCUGACGCACUUCUUCCCCUCAAUCGACCGCAUCCACUGCGUCUCCUCCACUCCCUCCUCCUCAUCCGCCUCGACCUCCGCUUCAGCCAUGUCGACCGACUCUUCCGCACCCUCGGCACCGACUCCUUCGUCUGAGGCGACGCUGAUUGUACGCGGCUUGUGCGAGAAGACGCCCAAGGGAUUGCGGUGGCGCGAGACUCGGCCGCGCGUGCUGGCUGAACGCGUGGCGUGGGAGAAGAAUGCGCUGGUUGAGCCUUCUGCGCAAGAAGCGGAGGCGCCGAGCGGGUUCGAGGGCGAGGACCUGGGCACGUUGGCUGUCGAGGGUGUCGUCAGGGGCAGCAGGAUGAGUGCGAACCGUCUGGUGCAUUUGCAGGGGUGGGGCGACUUCAAGGUCGAGAAGAUUGUCCUCGCGCCGCCUGCACGACCGAUGAAGCGCUCUGCCGCCGCUCCUCCCGCCGAGACCAUGUCCCUCGACGGCUCGGCGCCCUCCACUGCGCCCUUCGAGCCCAUUUCGAUGCCCGACGACGACGCCGACUCGCUCGCCUCGACCAACAUCCCGGACGACGACGACUUUGGGCUCGACGAGCAGACCUGGCCUACGGAGGAAGAGAUGGCUUCUGCGCCUGGUGCGGCGGCGAGAGACGCGAUGGAGAUGCCACCCCCCGCACGGCCGGGUACGACGCCCAAGUUGAAAAAGGUCGCGAAGGGGACGAGCGCGUAUCAGGCGGCUUGGAUUAUUGAUGAUGAGGAGGACGACGGGGACCUUGAGGAAGAGGAGGACGAGGAUGAUGAUGCGAUGCGAGAUGGUGGGGAGGGCGCGGAAGAAGAGGACGAGGUCGAAGAGACCGAGUUUGUCGAUACCGCUGCGGAUGAGACUGCCUCCGUCUCUGCUCGCCCGUUCGCCGACCUUUCGCCGGAGCAAGAACAAGCUCAGCUUGAGGAGUACCUCGCCUCGCGCGCCGCACGCCGCAACGUCGAGAACCGAGACGACCUCGACUUCCCCGACGAAGUCGACACGCCUCUGCACACGCCCGCAAGGGAACGGUUUGCCAGGUACCGCGGCCUGAAGAGCUUCAGAACUAGCAGAUGGGACCCGUAUGAGGAGCUGCCGAGGGAGUAUGGGAGGUGCUUUAUGCUCGAGGACUGGAAGGGUAUGGGUCGGCGGCUGGAGAAGCGUGCGGCUGAGGAGGGCGUCGAGCGUGGCACACGAGUGAUCGUCUACCUCGCCAACGUCCCGCGGCGGCUCAUCGAGCAGCACAACCCGAUGAACCCGUUCACGCUCUUCGGCCUGCUCAAGCACGAGCACAAGUACUCGAUCAUGCACUUCAGCAUCCAGCGCAACACGGAGAACUCGGACACGGUCCGCUCGAAGGACCCGCUCGUCCUCCAGCAGGGCUUCCGCCGCUUCGCCAUCAACCCGAUCUUCUCGCAGCACACGGUCCGCAAUGGCGGGCGCGGCAGCAACAACGUGCACAAGUUUGAACGGUUCUUGCGACACGGCAUCAACGCGUCGAUCGGAACGGCGUACAUGCCCAUCACGUUCGGCAGCAACUCGCCUUCGCUCCUCCUUCGCGUCCCGACCACCUCGGCAGACGAUGUGAACGCCUCGCCAGACCAGCACGUCCAUCUCAUCGGCACGGGCACGCUCCUCUCGUCCGACCCGACCCGCAUCACCGCCAAGCGCGUGAUCCUCACCGGCCACCCGUUCAAGGUCCACAAGAAGACGGCGACGAUUCGCUACCUCUUCUUCAACCGCGACGACGUCGAGUACUUCAAGCCUGUCCAGCUUCGCACGAAGGGCGGGCGGAUCGGACAUAUCCGCGAGCCGCUUGGCACGCACGGCUACUUCAAGGCCGGAUUCGACGGACCGAUCUCGCAACUCGACACCGUCUGCCUCACGCUCUACAAGCGCUGCUUCCCCAAGUGGUCGCGCGUGUGGGACGGACAGCCGCUUCCCAUCGUCGACAAGGACCAGGUCAGGGCGCAGGCGGCGGCGAAGGACCAGCAUAUCGAGGUCGAGUAG